AUGGAAACCACUGGCAAAGAGCUGCCGGGAAUCGUCCCAGUGGAAUCCGUGACGAUAAAGCUGUCCCCCGGGAAGCUAUCGGAGUUCCGGAAUCUCCUAGAUACACGGUAUCGCGCUCGUCGUGACAUGACGAAAAGGUACUCCCCGUCCAUUCCCAUCCCAAAGGCCGAACCAAUAACGCCCAACAGACUGAAGGCGCUCGUACUGGCUAGCAGCCGGAUCCAAAUGCUAAUUGACGAGCAAUCCUCUGGUGACAAGAGUAAGAAGGCACUAAAAGCGACGAUCGCACAACUGCUGGACGAGAUCGGGUUGGCUGAAAAUCUGCCCGUCAUUCGUGCGCUCGGCACGGUGCUGAAUGGUAUCUUCGACCGGAUCUACAGCGGGCUGUACGUGAACGAGGUGAAGCUGGAACAGUUCAGGUCCCGAUUCGGACGGCAAACGAUGCUGUACCUGCCGAGCCAUCGUAGCUACGGUGACUUCAUCCUGAUGUCGUACGUGUUGUUCUGCUACAAUAUCGCCAUCCCGGGCAUUGCGGCCGGCAUGGACUUCUACUGGAUGGCAGGCAUGGGCAGGGCACUGCGUAACACCGGCGCGUUCUACAUGCGGCGUACAUACGGGGACGAUCGGCAGUACUGGUACGUGUUCCGGGAGUACAUGCGGCAGUUGGUCGUGGCGUACGAGCGUGGGGUGGAGUUUUUCAUCGAGGGAACGCGCAGCCGGAGCAACAAAGCACUGACGCCUAAGAUCGGGCUUCUGUCGAUGGCACUGGAACCGCUGUUCAUGGGUGAGAUUCCCGACCUGAUGAUUGUUCCGGUAAGCGUAUCGUACGAUCGGCCGGUCGAGGAAAAGCUGUUUAUGUACGAGCUGCUGGGAGUGCCGAAACCGAGAGAAACGACCCGAGGUUUACUGAAAGCACUCAGCAUAAUGCGGGAAAACUUCGGCAACAUUUACUUAGAGUUCGGUGAUCCGCUGUCGGCGAAGGAUUACUUCGGGGACAGAUUGAACCGCACCCGACACACGGUCGAACCGACCUUUGCGCAGGUGCUUGCCAAAGACGAGAGAGAUGCCAUUCAAAAUUUAGCCAACGACGUCGUACACCUGCAGCAGCACCGCAUGGUACUCAUGACAUUCCACCUGAUCGCACUGUACUACAACUACCGUAAGUACCACGGUCGUACGGUGGAUCUCAAUGAGCUGGUGGAAGGUGUCUCGAUGCUGGCCAAGAUGUUCGAGGAUCUCGGUGCCCUCACCGAGGUGGAGGGUUGCCAAAACGUGGAACAACAGUGCCUAGCAGCGCUCAAUGUACACCGCAACAUCCUGCAACUAACGAGCGAUCGAGUGUUGGUGAUUGUCCAAUCGCACCAUGAUUUUAGUCGUGUGGACAAACGCAAGCUGAAGGGUUACAAUCUCACAGAAGGCGUAAUGAAGCUAGCGGUACCAAUAUUUUCCCUUCAGCUGUACUGCAACCCGUGUCUGCACUGGCUUGCCGUUCCUGCAAUGGUAGUGUUAGCCGAGCGCACCAUUAGAUCCACCAAAGCAUCCGAUACAGCGCGAGACGUUAUUUGGCGAUCGGAGCUGCUGCGCAUUGUGCGGGAAUUGAGGCUGCUGUUUAGCCUCGAGUUCGUUCUCUAUACCAACCGAGAAACGGUUGAGUUUGACGCGGCUCUUGAGCAUCUGUUCCGGCAAGGGCUCCUCGCAACGGAUGUGCUAACGAACCACUUCUCCAGUAGGCCGCAGUUCACCGAAAAAGAGUACCUUGCCACGGUUCAGCAACACGUCGAGCAAAAAUUAUUGCACCAAGAGCGGAACGUCCACCCGUACUGUCUGUCGCUGGACAGCAUCAGUCUCGCAUUGCAUUCUUUAGUCACACUUGGUGCAGUAGGCAAGUCUAAGAUAGAUGACGAAUAUCGGUACGAACUUGCCACGAGCGGCAUAACCGGAUCAAUCAACGACCAACUACGGAGUUUCUGUGAGCUGUUACCCUUCGAGUACCUCACAUUCCAGAGCGUGGUGACCGGUAGUAAGCUGUAA